UGAAUUGGUAUAUCAUUAAAACUACAACAUCCACAAUCCUGUGCGCAUACGUCAUAAACACGCGCCGUGCCGUUUGUUUCGAAGUGCAAAAUUUAAAAGGUUUCAUUAUGGCUCUGGCAGGAGUGCGUGUAAUAGAGCUUGCAGGAUUGGCCCCUGCGCCCUUCUGUGGGAUGAUACUAGCGGACUUCGGUGCAAGAGUGAUCCGGGUAGAUCGGACAAAGGUGGAAAUGACUGUAGAUACUCAAGCCAGAGGCAAACAAUCAGUGGCCUUGAAUUUGAAGAAUCCCAAAGGUGUUGCUGUUUUGAAAAGACUGUGUGUUCAGUCAGAUGUGGUUCUGGAGCCCUAUCGUAAAGGUGUUAUGGAAAAGAUGGGAUUAGGUCCUGAAGAUUUACUAAAAGAGAACCCACGCCUGAUUUACGCACGACUCACCGGCUACGGUCAGAGCGGGUCCUACGCCAAGGCUGCUGGGCAUGAUAUCAACUACCUGGCCAUGUCAGGGUUGCUGUCCAUGCUUGGCCGACGCUCAGAGAAGCCCUAUGCUCCAUUGAAUUUGGUGGCAGACUUUGCUGGAGGAGGUCUCAUGUGUGCUUUUGGGAUUGUGUUGGCUCUCCUGGAAAGAAGCAGGUCAGGACAAGGCCAGAUCAUUGAUGCCAGCAUGGUUGAAGGUGCAGCAUAUGUCGGCUCCUUCAUGUGGAAAUCCCGUAACCUUGGCCUGUGGAAUCGUCCACGUGGAGAAAACUUGCUGGAUAGUGGCGCUCCGUUCUAUGACACGUACCGUACAUCUGAUGGAAAGUACAUGGCAGUGGGGGCAAUUGAGCCUCAGUUCUAUCAACAGCUUAUUCAAGGUUUGGGCUUGGAUGAUGCUGACCUGCCUGCACAAAUGAGUGUAUCGGAUUGGCCACAGCUCAGGCAAACAUUCACCCUGGUGUUUGCCAGCAAGACGCAGGAGGAGUGGAGUCAGAUCUUCGAUGGGACAGAUGCCUGUGUCACCCCUGUGCUGUCACUGGAUGAGGUACUCUCUCACCCCCACAACCGGGCGCGGGGGUCAUUCUUUAAGGACUCUCAGGGGGAAAUAAGCCCUCGUCCUGCACCCGUCCUGUCCCGAUCCCCUGCGGAGCCCUGUCACUCCCGGGACCCCUUCAUCGGAGAGCACACUCGCUCCGUGCUGGAGGAGUACGGGUUUGAGCAAGCACAUAUAGACCAGCUCCUAUCUGCCGGUAUUGUGGAGUGUAACAAAGCUAAAGCUCGUCUAUAAAUCAAAGACUCUGAUUGAAGAAUCAUUAAACUUCGUGGCCAGUGAUGCAGGACUGGAAUCUGAGAACUCGAACUCCUGUGUCUCAUUGAGUGUGAGGAGGCAUUUCAGAACAAAAUGACUCUCUCUUGGGAAUCACCGGGUGCUGCAGUGGAAGUGGAUGAAAUUAUCUUAGGCUUAUAUAACAAAAUGUCCAAAAAAUUCAACUCUCAUUUGUAAUUGCUGCACAGAAGGCAAAGUGGGAUUUAAUUAAAGCCUAUAUUGCAAAUAUUCUGUAUCUUAACGUCCUUAACAUCAUCAGUUUAAAAAAAAGGAUAUUUAACUCAACUUUUUUUUAAUACUGUUAUAAAUUAAUAAUAGUAUUGUUGAGGGAAUUUUAUUUGUAGUUGAUUAAAGUGUACCACAUCUGGUUGUGAAUAGUAAUUGCCUUGAGAGGAAUGGAUGAAUGUGAGUCAUAGACUGAUUAACUAAGUGAAAUAUUUGCCUUUGCCUAAUUAUUGGGGAGCGCUGAUGAGCUAAGAUAAUGGUAUUAGGAUAAAACCAGUCAAUGAUUUAUUUUAAGAUGAAGUUUUCUGUCAUGGUAUCACUAGUAUAAUGUAACACUUGAUGAACUUGGUAGUAGUCUUUAUUUUGAUACAGAAGGGAGGGAGGAUCAAAAAGCUCUUGGAAUUCAUCAAAAUAUGUAUAUAUAAAGUAAUUAAUGACAGAAUUUACAUUUUACAUUACUUUUUACAUUACUAUGCCUUUAAGUCCAAUUCAUAUUAUACCAAAAGAUGCAGACCAACAGCAACAGACAAAUUUGUUGGGUUUUGUUGGAUCAGUGUGCUACCCCUGUCUACAUCUCUUUGGACUAGAUUGGACCGAAAAUAUUAUAUUUGUGUAUUUCAGGUCUUGGAAUGUCUGAGAAGUUGUAAUGUAAUCUGGUGACCGUCAGCAUUGGCUCUGCUUCUGUUGGUUCUGUGUAAAUUGCGUGUUAUAUGCUCCUCAGAUCUAUAUUAAAAACAUUAGUGUAAUUUAAAUGAACUGUAAUCUCCCAACAUUAUAUUAUAUUUUAUAAUGAAGUGCUAGAUCAUGUGA